AUGUCAAGUCCCAGUGGAAGAUUAGCACCAACCAAGAUGGAAAAUCCCUUGGAAAGGGAAUAUGAAGCUUUAGUAAAGAUGAAUAAAAUGUUUGAAAAAAUUAAUGACGGCAUGGACCAAGCAAGGAUUAAUUUGCAGCUAUUUUCCUCGACUGUUGAACAAACAGAUCAAUUAUUGGACUUGUGGAUUGAAAUACUGUCUCAAAGCAUUCAUACUCAACAAAUACUAUAUAAACUUUUGUAG